CCAAUCAGGAUUGGACCGAGUGAAGAAAAGCGAGUGUGUACGGAAAUCACCGAAAGGUGUACGGAUAUAACUGAGUUUAGUGCGUAGAUUUGAUCGAGUGUUCCGUCUUCUGUGAACGAACAAUUUGGACAUCCAAGAUUAAUUCCUAAAGUGAAAGAACUCACCAUCCAGUUGGUUUAUCAAAGAAGAAUAUGAAGUGUCUUCAAAUAUUGUCUAUAACCAUCGCGCUGUUGAUAGCGCACAGCUCUGCUAUUAUAAGGUAAAAUAUUUUCGUCAGUUGCUUGGGAAGGUUUUGAAUAACGCGAGUAUUUAUUCUUGCGCUAUCCCGUGAUCAGUAUCGAAUAGGCUAGGCUGUAACCGUUCUCUGAGGUAGUUUAAUUUCCUGACAUUAGGUUAUUAUUAUUAUUGCCAAUUUUACAUGCAUGUUUGUUUAGGCACGUAGUUCCAAUUUUGGUGCACACACCUAUCUCCUAAAGUUUGCAUUCGAGUUAACAUAGAUUGUACAUAAUAACGAAGCAUUUCUGUAGUAAAAUAGAACCAAGCUGCUCGUAAAUGUAUGGGAACAUCAGUAGAACACAGAGCGCACCAGUUCUGAAUUAUUCGUUAAACAAAUUAUCACAGAUAGACUCUCUUUUCGUUAUCAUACAAAAUUGGCCUUAGAAUUCCCCUCCACAAGACGCGCAGUAUGCGCCGCCUGAUGAGUGACAAUGGGAUGAGCUUUGAACAACUCCAGGACAUGGCCAAGACCGUUGGUGUUGCAGGAGCUGUCACACCACCAUCCGUACCAGCAACCACUCAGAGACCGAAAGUGCCAGUUGAGAGACUCACCAACUUCAUGGAUGUAAGUGGAUAUUGUCACUAGGUUUGGGUUAACUCUAUCUUGUUCUAGGCUGACUGAAGCAAUAAUAAGUAAAGAUAUAUAUAUAUAUAUAUAUAUAUAUAUAUAUAUAUAUAUAUAUAUAUAUAUAUAUAUAUAUAUAUAUAUAUAUAUAUAUAUAUAUAUAAUCACACUUAGUUUUUUCAGGUGUGUGAUUUGGUUGAAUAAAAGCUUGCACGUUCAGUGUAUCUCUCUCCCCAGGAGUUAGAAGAGAACUGUAGUAUAGACUUAGGCCUAUGUAUUUAUCAUAUGAAUGUGGUGUUGGUAUCAAAUCUCUCUACAGGCUCAGUACUAUGGGGUGAUCAGCAUAGGCACACCACCCCAGGACUUUACUGUGCUGUUUGACACCGGCUCCUCCAACCUAUGGGUGCCCUCCAUUCACUGCUCCUUCCUGGAUAUUGCAUGCUGUGAGUCAGUCUAUUAUUGCCUUCACUGCACUUCAACAUAGCCACGGGAAGUAGGGGUGCUGAGAGUAAUAAAAAAUAAAAUAAUAAUAUAUGAAUAAUAAAAAAUACACACUGAACAAAAAUAUAAACUUAACGAUUUUACUGUAUUACAGUUCAUAUAAGGAAAUCAGUCAAGUUAAAUAAAUUAAACCCUAAUCUAUGGAUUUAACAUCACAGUGCAUCUAUUGGUCACAGAUACCUUAAAAGGUAGGGACGUGGAUCAGAAAACCAGUCAGUAUCUGGUGUGACCACCAUUUGCCUCAUACAGCGCAUUGAGUUGAUUGUGGCCUGUGGAACGUUGUCCCACACCUCUUCAAUGGCUGUGCCAAGUUGCUGGAUAUUGGCAGGAACUGGAACACAUUGUUGAUCCAGAGCAUCCCAAACAUGCUCAAUGGGUGACAUGUCUGAGUGUGCAGGCCAUGGAAGAACUGGGACAUUUUCAGCUUCCAGGAAUUGUGUACAGAUCCUUGCGACAUAGGGCCAUGCAUUAUCAUGCUGAAACGUGAGGUGAUGGCGUUGGAUGAAUGGCACGACAAUGGGCCUCAGGAUCUCGUCACGGUAUCUCUGUGCAUUCAAACUGCCAUUGAUGAAAUGUAUUUGUUGUCCGUAGCUUAUGCCUGCCCAGACCAUAACCCCACCGCCACCAUGGGGAACUCUGUUCACAACGUUGAUAUCAGCAAACCGCUCACCUACACGAUGCCAUACACACUAUCUGCCGUCUACCCGGUACAGUUGAAACUGGGAUUCAUCUGUGAAGAGCACAAUUCUCCAGCGUGCCAGUGGCCAUCGAAGGUCAACAUUUGCCCACUGAAGUCGGUUACAACGCCGAACUGCAGUCAGGUCAAGACCCUGGUGAGGACGGCAACCACGCAGAUUAACUUCCCUGAGACGGUUUCUGACAGUUUGUGCAGGAAUUCUUUUUGUGCAAACCCACAGUUUCAUCAGUUGUCCGGGUGGCUGGUCUCAGAUGGUCCCGCAGAUGAAGAAGCUGGAUGUGGAGGUCCUGGGCUGGCGUGGUUUCACGUGGCCUGCUGUUGUGAAGCUGGUUGGAUGUACUGCCAAAUUCUAUAAAAGGACGUGGAGGUGGCUUAUGGUAGAGAAAUUAACAUUAAUUCCUGCAGUCAGAAUGCCAAUUGCACGCUCCUUCAAAACUUGACACAACUACACAUUUUAGUGGCAUAAUCCUCACGUCCUGUAGCUCAGUUGGUAGAGCAUGGCGCUUGCAACGCCAGGGUUGUGGGUUUGAUUCCCACGGGGGGCCAGUAUGAAAAAUGUAUGCACUAACUGUAAGUUGCUCUGGAUAAGAGCAUCUGCUAAAUGACUAAAAUGUAAUCCCUACGGUGAAGCAUCAUGCUGUGGGGAUAUUUUUCAGCGGCAGGGACUGGGAGACUAGUCAGGAUCGAGGCAAAGAUGAACAGAGCAAAGUAAAGAGAUCCUUGAUGAAAACCUGCCCAGGACCUCAGACUGGGGCGAAGGUUCACCUUCCAACAGGACAAUGACCCUAAGCACACAGCCAAGACAACGUAGGAGUGGCUUCGGGACAAGUCUCUGAAUGUCCUUGAGUGGCCCAGCCAGAGCCCGGACUUGAACCCGAUCAAACAUCUCUGGAGAGACAUGAAAAUAGCUGUGCAGCAACGCUCCCCAUCCAACCUGACAGAGCUCGAGAGGAUCUGCACUGAAGAAUGUGAGAAACUCCCCAAAUACAGGUGUGCCAAGCUUGUAGCUUCAUACCCAAGAAGACUCAAGGCUGUAAUCACUGUCAAAGGUGCUUCAACAAAGUACUGAGUAAAGGGUCUGAAUACUUACACUACUGGUAAAAAGUUUGGACACACCUACUCAUUCAAGGGUUUUUCUUUAUUUUUACUAUUUUCUAGAAAAUAGUAAAAAAUAGUAAAAAUAGCCACGUGAAACCACGCCAGCCCAGGACCUCCACAUCCAGCUUCUUCAUCUGCGGGACCAUUUUUACUAUUUUCUAGAAAAUAGUAAAAAUAAAGAAAAACCCUUGCAUGAGUAGGUGUGUCCAAACUUUUGACUGGUACUGUACAUCAAAAGAUGCAACGUUAUGGGCAAAGACUCAAAACAUCCACAUACAUUUUAAAUAUUUUUCUUGAUCAAGUAACAUGGAAAACAACCACUUUUUGUGCAGUAUUAAUUUACCAUCCUUACGAACCACUUUAAUGUAAAUGUACAUUAAUGUAUUGUACAUUGGCUGGUCAUCUAGGUUUGUACCUGUAGACUUUCCAUCACGAAAAACAAUGCACAAUACAGUAAUUGAGUACAUUGAGACAUCAAGUGGUUUGUGAUAAUGUGGCACAGUUGGUAGAGCAUGGUGCUUGCAACACUAGGGUUGUGGGUUCGAUUCCCACGGGGCACCAAUACGAAAAAGUAUGCUUUUUUUUUUUUUUCGCACAAGUGCAUUGGGCCUUUACUAGUCCUGUAUUAGCCAGCAAUAUGGAUGUCUUCAGCGCGGCCAUAUUAUUAUUUUUGUAUCGCCCCCAACCCCCCCUCCUCCCCAAACUACUUCCCGUGGCUUCACUCAUAACAUUAUAUGGUUUUACUAUCUGCUGAGUCUCCUAUCAUAUAAUCAUGAGAUGGGUGCAAAAGCCAAAGUUGCAAAUACCUUUUUGCUCUUCCAUGUUUUGGCAUGCUGUACUCGAAGUCAUAAUCAUAUUUUUAAGGCAUCAUGAGAGAUGUUUGUUUUGUAUGAAAAUGAAUGCCAUUUAUCAAACCUGAGAUAAAGUUGUCAACUUUAUGUACACCUCUGCUUAGGGCUCCACCAUCGUUAUAACUCCAAGAAGUCGAGCACAUACGUUCAGAAUGGCACAACGUUCUCCAUCCAGUAUGGCAGAGGCAGCUUGUCUGGGUUCAUCAGUGGGGACACUGUCUCUGUAAGUGGACUGUUCUGUGUGUGUACACACACACACACACACACACACACACACGUUUUCCAUUGUUCAUUUGCAUUCCUAAUUUAGGUGGGCAAAUCCACAGCAUUGUUGUGUAAUUUUACCACUGUCCAUUUUACGUGAUGGAAUGUGGAGCAUAGUCUGCAUACCAUUCCUUACUCUGUCUAUUGUCUGUAAACCUCACUGUUUUAGUGUUCAAGAACAGUCUGAUUUGUACCUCACACUUCCUGUUCUUCAUUCCAUCCCUCUCUCAGUUGGCUGGCAUGCAGGUCGCUGGUCAACAGUUUGGUGAGGCCGUGAAGCAACCUGGCAUCACGUUUGCAGUGGCACGCUUUGAUGGGGUGCUGGGCAUGGGCUACCCUACCAUAUCUGUCGACAAGAUAACCCCUGUGUUUGACACCGCCAUGGCUGCCAAACUGUUGCCUCAGAACAUAUUUUCCUUCUAUAUUAGCAGGUUGGUUGGUUUUAGGGAUUUUACCUUUUUUGAAUACAUUCCUACUGAGGGCCGUAGGUCAAUGUGUGGUUUGUUGACUUGUGAUUUGUUUAAAAAAAAUGUUUUAAACAGUCCUGUUUACUGUUGGUGGAGGUCAACUGAAAGGAGUUUCUUGUAUUUGAACUGGGAUAUUUUGAGCUCCUGUUAUCCUGAAAUUCUUUAACUACAUUUGCUGUCAUAUUUCCUCAGAAACAAGAAACUGAAAUAGUUACCCUUAUUUCAGUUUGUGACAACAAGCACGUUAUAGUGUAGAGAAUCAUUGUACAAUUCUAAACUGCUGUGAAAUAUAUUUUCAAUUUUACCCCAAAUAUAGUAUUUUCAGCUGUUUGACGCUGGUGUACAAAACUGAAAGUAAAAGACGCAAAAACAAGAAUGGGAAGCAAAAAAUAGCGCACACAGAACAUAUCUACUGCUUCUUAGACUUGUUUUCAAUAAGAAUGACAUCUAUAACUCACAUUUCUGUGAAUUUGGUCGGCUCACCCAAAAGGUUACAUAUUGCAGCUUUAAAAUUGCUUCCUUUUUUUUGGGCAAAAUCUAUGAACAUAAACCACAGGUUAAUUAAAUUCAUUUUCAUAAUUUGUACAACCUUGUAUUCUUGUGUCGUCACUAGCUUCAAUGGGGUUGAGGCAAUGAUACAUUUUCUCAUCUGAUAUUAGAUUGACGAUCAAGACCCUCUUCCAGUGCACCCUAGUAUAUUUAUCUAUAACUUGUAACCCCUUUGAUAUCCUGUUCCUCAGAGAUCCAUUAGCUGCUGUAGGAGGAGAGCUGAUGCUGGGCGGCACGGACCCACUGCACUACACUGGAGACCUGCACUAUGUCAAUGUCACACGCAAGGCUUAUUGGCAGAUCGAGAUGAGCAGGUAAGCAACUUGGUUCUCAUCUACACAUGCUCUAUUAUAAUAUCCAUACCAGGGGAGAACGACUGCCCCCUCAUUGAAGCCAUGAAGUUCAAGGCCGACGGAGUAUAGCAUGCGGUUUCCAGAAAACAGGAUCCCCCAUUAUAGUGAAUGGAAAAAUGGCAAUCUUCAUGUAAAUAAAAAAAAUCAAAGACAUUCAUGGUACCAGUAAUUGCUUCUAUUACAUCAGAUGCAUGUCCUUGAACCAAUCAUUUUUUUUAAAUCGCACACAGAAGUAGUUAAGGAUAAUUAUUUCUUGAGUGAUCACAGCAAAUUGGUGCUCUGCAGUGUGGAAGUGGGCAACCAACUGACGCUGUGCAAGGCCAGUUGCCAGGCGAUUGUUGACACGGGAACGUCCCUCAUCACCGGGCCUGUGGAGGAGGUCCGGGCACUGCACAAAGCCAUCGGAGCCUUGCCUCUACUGAUGGGAGAGGUAGGUAGAGGAGUCUGUAGACUAAAUGUCUACCUGUUGUAGCAUACAAGUACAUUCUUUCAGUUCCAACCUCUUUUAGUUCUCCUGAAUGGUCAACAAAAGAUUUCGAUCAUGCACAGUAAGGCUCUAUUUUCUUGUAAUCUCAGUCGUGUUCAUUUGUAUUGUAGUGACAGAAGUUACGUUUUGUGAAGUACAUGCAGUUAUUUGUAACUUUUUCCCUUGUUUUUUUCCCUUUACUCCCUCUCAGUAUUGGAUUGACUGCAAGAAGGUUCCAUCUCUUCCCGUCAUCGCAUUCAACCUGGGAGGGAAGAUGUUCAACUUGACUGGAGACGACUAUAUCCUGAAGGUAAAUUACACCUCCUGACCAGUGUUCACUGUGGCCUGCUUGCCAGUAGAAAAUAGUCUGAAAUUUGACAACUUCAAUCAGCAUGAAUUAAACAGUUAAUCAGUUCGCAUGCAUAGAUAUAUUUUACUAUAUCUUGAAAUGUAUUAUCUAUUUAAUUCUGUGGACAUACCUCUAGAUGAGUUGAAUAGAGGUUGUAGUUAAGUUGAAGUGUGACAAAUCAUUCAAAGCUUCUCCCAUAUGUGCUGCAGGAGUCCCAGAUGGGUCUGAAAAUCUGUCUGUCAGGCUUCAUGGCCAUGGACAUCCCUCCUCCGGCUGGACCGCUGUGGAUCCUGGGAGAUGUGUUCAUUGGACGCUACUACAGCGUGUUUGACAGAGACUCAGACCGCUUGGGGUUCGCCCCCGCCCAGUAGAGGGGAGAAACAACCCCUAUUCCCCACCCCAUAGCCACUUGUGGAGAUCUGAAAAGAUUUGAUAGGUAUAAGCAAUAUAGUGGUCCUACCAAACCAAGGUGGAGCUAGUACCUCUCAAAUCCCCACAGAUCAUGCUGAAUUAUAAGAGGAAAAACACCACCAAAAUGAACAAACCCCCCAAAAAGAAACUCCAAAGGGGCACCUUUGAUUGGUUCCUUGUCUUUGCCUGUUUUGCUUUUUGUGACUUUUUUGGGGGCUGUGUUUUAAAAAUUUUAUUUGAAGACUAAGUGUUGCCAUGUGAGUUUGGCGAAUAAUUAAUAAAUGGUUGCAGAUCGAAACUGUGAUAUGAGCUGCUGUAGGCAUUUCAGCUUGGUGUUUUGUAUGAUGACAAAGUGAUACUGUCUCUUUUCUGCA